AUGUCAUCGGUGUCCACAACAACAACACCAACCGCUUGUGUUUGCGGAUCCGUUGAUCACCGAUCAGUUUACUGUCAGAUAUCGCGCAAAGCACUAGACGAAGAUCUGGAUGACUACCAGUACGGCUAUUGUCCGCAUAAGGUUACUGAGGUUAAUGUGGCCGAUCUGAUCAAACAGGCGGUAGCCGACAGCUGUAAUAGUAUCUGGUUAGGCAUGCAUAAAGUUUUGUCCGACUUCGGCUGCAGCGGCGGAAUCACUACCACUACUACACAGUUGUCACCGACAAGUGUCAUCAGUUUCGGCGACGGUAUCAAUAUUGAUGGUCAACAACAACAACCGAUAGUUGGUUUCGAUAUUAAACCCUUUGCGAUAUAUCUAUGGAUAAAGUUGGUCGGCGUUCAAGAAAUUCAAUUGAAACCAUUGUUUAAGACUUACUAUAAUAAUGCGGAACCGUUUAGAACUCAUAUUCAACCGUUAGAGAUGCCAACAAUUGGCCAAUUGAUGGAUUAUAUAACAAUUACUUCUAGAUAUAAGUUUCGGGUCUAUUUGACCGAAAAAGUUAAUCCACUGAUUGAAGGUUUCGAUAGACGAGAGCUUAAGUAUGAUAUGCCUAUAAGCAUGGCCUGGCUUUACGGCCAGUUUGCCGAUAGUUUGAUUGUGAUUAACGGAUGUCCUAAUAAUAAUAUUAAUCAACUUAUUGUUGAUAAUUAACGGAUAAUUAAUUAAUUUUUUGUGUAUAUCCAUAAUCUAAGCGAUCAAACCAAAGCCCUAAAGAAUGCCAUCAUCACUGCCAACAACAAUAAUAUGAAUCAAAUCAAUACUAAUAUAGAAAAGUUGUCGGAAACAAUCAAAAAGUGUUUGACUGACCAGACAAAAGUCAUUACCGAUACACUGGUGGCCACUGUCGGCAGCGGCGAUUGCAUUAUUAAAUAUAUGACUGACUUGUAUGUCGACGACGACUCGGAAACCGAUACCCAAUGUUGCGAUCAAUCAUCAGUUAAUACACAAUUGAAUGAUAAUAUCAGCGACAAUAACAGCAUUAGUGGCGACAAAACUACUGUCACUGAAUUGAUCCCAUUGUCAGCACAAGUCAUGAAUAUAAAUGACGUGAAUGAUAUCGACGACAACUACUGUUAUCUGAAUAAACUUCAAUCAGUAUUGAAUCGUAAGGACAGAAAGAUUAAUGAAUUGAUGAAAAUGAAGGCAAAGAUUCAGCAAAAAGACGACAUAAUAAAGAAG